AUGGCCAACAAAGGUAAAGGAAAGGGUGGUAAGAACAGAAGAAGAGGAAAGAAUGAGAACACCACCAAGAGGGAGCUUAUCCUCAGGGAUGAAGACCAAGAAUACGCUCAAAUUACAAAGAUGCUAGGUAACGGUAGAGUCCAGGCUACAUGUUUCGAUGGAAAUGUCAGAAUAGCACAUAUCAGAGGUAAGUUGAGAAAGAAGGUCUGGAUGUCUCAGGGUGAUAUAAUUUUGGUUGCCUUGAGAGACUUCCAGCAAGAACAGUGUGAUGUUGUCCACAAAUACAAUGCCGACGAAGCCAGACAGUUAGUUUCCUUGGGAGAAUUGCCAGAAUCCGCAAAGAUCAACCAAACUGAUACUUUCGGUGGUGAUGAAGACGAGGACAUGAACUUCGAGUUCGGUGCUGAGUCCGAUGAUGAUGGAGAAGCUAGUGACUUGGAUAUCGAUGAUAUCUGA